AUGGUGUGGCACUCCAUUCCUACGCCCAUGUCCACUCCAUGUCACGUACCUCCCCUCCACUCCACUCCACCCGAGAGCCCGGUCGUGGUGGAUGAGCAGGACAGCAUCAGCGCCGCGCCCAGCGCGCACGACGCCGCGUUUGCCGACGAAAUCGACGCCUUCUUCGCCGCCGACACCGAGUCGCCCUUCAACCCCCGGCGGCAGGCGCCUGCCGAGCCCUUCACCUUUGCCGCGGCGGCGGGCCCCAGCGGCGUGGGCAGCGUGGUUGGCGGCGGCUGCCUGCUCGUGGGCGCUACCCUGGACCGGGAGGUCGUCGGAAAUUUCCGUGCUCGAUGGUGCCUCGGUGGUGCAGGAAGGUUCCCGAUGGUAGACCUGCACGCCGGAAUCCGGUUAAAGACCAUCGAGCGGUCAUGA